AUGAACGGAACAUGCCGAGAACGGGUAGAUCAUAAUCCUGUGGGCCAUUUUAUACCCUAUGAAUUGUUUGGACGUUGUCAAAUUCUUGAGAGUAAUUUAAGUUCUGUUUCUUUACCCGGUGGUGCUCUCACUAGCCGUGCUAUAGAGCCAAAAAGGGUUCAAAGAACAGCAAAGUCUUUUGUUUCCAUUAAAAAUUGCUGCAGCUUUUGCCGAAAACCGGGUCAUGUUAUAUAUCGCUGUUCUGAUUUUUUAAGCUUAUCUGCUGCUGACAGAUUGAACAAAGUACAUGCACUUAAACUUUGUGUCAAUUGUCUUAAAUUCAAAAAACAUAAUUUAUCUGAUUGCACCUCUAAAGGUCGUUGUCGCACAUGUGGCAAAGGUCAUCAUUCACUAUUACAUUUUCAACGCCCGCAAGUGGCAAAUUACACUGCUUCAAAACAUAAUCAAAUCAAUGAAACAAAUCAUAUCGAAUCUGCAGAAAAUGCAAAUUAUAACAUGAGUGAUCAAGCACAACCUAAAAAUUUUGCUGCUUUGAAAACACAACACACAGAACGAAAUAUACUAGCUACAGUAAUUGUUUAUAUUAUAUCGAAAUACAACCAACGUCUUCCUUGUCAUGUUCUAUUGGAUGGUGGUUCACAAAUUAAUAUGAUUUUUCAACGCAUGGUUCAUAUGAUCGAUCUAAAGCGUCAAUACGCUCCAAUUCCAUUUCAAUGUGCAAAUAAAACUGUGGGAACAUCAAACUUUUGUAUGUGUAAUAAAGCAAGAAAAGCAAAGAAAAAAGAAACGAAAAAAACCAAAAUGGUAUUGCCAUUCACGAUUUCGUCUGAACACUUACCAUUGAUCUUCUCCAGCUCAUGAUUUGCAACGGAAGACCGUGAAUGUGGGUCCUGAAACCCUUAUGUCCACUUUCCUGUCAUAAUCAAAAAAGUUAAGAUUUAAAGGAAAUAUUCAAUGUAGGCAUUUACUAAUAGUGUUAAUAAUUGUAGGGAAGAAGAUUUUCGUACAGAUAAUUCCUUAUAUUAUAUUUUUUUUAUUUACUUUUUGCUUCAUGAUAAAUUAACAUUUUAUUGUUUAAUAAAAAUUUCAAAACGACAUUUUUUUUGUCUCCAAGUAUGGUGUCCAGUAUUUUUGUGCAGUGUAUAAUUGACAACCCCGAAGUUGGCAUCUCAGCUACUCUCCAAUCGUAAUUAAAAAAAAAAAAAUUGAUUUAAAUGACAUCAUUUUAAUUUCUCGGUGGUAUAUUGUAAUAAAUUAAGUUUGUUGUAAUGUUAUGGAAUGGAAUGACAGAAUCGCCAUUUUAUUAGUGUUUUUUCCGUUGUAUUCUGUUUGCUUCUCAAUAAAUUUUAUACUUUUCCUUAACCCGCACUGUUUCACCACCGUUUACCGAAUGAAUUCCCCUUUACUCAUACUUAUGUUGCCAUCACGAUCAAUUCGCCGCAGUUUCUCUCUAUCGUUUUUUUUUUUCGCUGUGCAAUGGACUUCGGUUGUGAGACUGCGGUACUUUCCUUUACAUGCGUUCUUACGGGCUUUCAAAUACCCGUUGUUGUUGUUGCGUGUACGCAACAAGCACAUUAGGAGAGUACGUUUACUUGAUUGCUUGUUAGUAUUUGCUUCUUUUUCAAUAAUAUGACAAUUUUUUACUUUUGCAUGCAAAUCAUGCACGCAUUCCAUGUAAUAAAUUUUAGUUAGUUGUGGGGAACGUAAUGAAUGUGUUUGUGUGUAGUGGAAAGAUUCUCUAUGAAUGUUUCUUCAUGAGAGUCCUUAGUGUGGUUGUUAAAUAUAUUUCUGUUCUGCUCGGCUUCAGUCCGCCAAGUUUGUCUACUUCUACUACUUAGUGCCAAUACUGUGAUCGGCUAGAAGUAGUCCCUAGCAAAUUCGUUUAGGCGGAUGGAACGCUUUUUUGUUCUUAGCGAAUAAAAUCCUAUAUUGAAUUGAUUUAUAACAAUUGACAUAUAACAUAUGACUUUAUUAAAUUUUGCACGGCUAUUUAUACUAAAAUUAACAAAAUACAAUAUUGCUAGCGUAAGCAUAAAAUAAUGAUAUAAUUGUGACGGUUUAUUUUAAUUAGGGUGUCUAGCGUCGUAUUGCAAUUCUCAGCCAGUUGAAGUGUGACACAAUUCUUGUUUUCUUUUUGCAAAUGAAUUAUGCUGAUUUUGCAUAAUUCUGUCGCACUUCAAAGUGGAUGCAUACAACAACAAGCUACAGAAAUUUACUGUAUUAUAAAAAAAAAAUGAUCACAGCUAAUUUGAUAAUACACACAUUAGAAAUAUAUAUAUCUGAAAAAGAUUAAUGCAACAACAACGAAAAUGUAAUAUUAAAAAUUAUGGUGCAUAAGUUUGUCUGCUGAGACUGAGACUACGUGUAAUUACGUUUAGAGCUGGGGGUGGAUUCAUUAUUAAGUCCACCACCCCAUCUGACGGGUGCAAAUUAAGUAAAUACGACUACAUUUUUGUCUGUGCACGUAUGUUUGUUUUUUUUUUUUUCAAUUUAAUAACAUAAAUAUUUACAAUCAUAUAUAUGCUGAAGAAAUAUAUGAAACUUUACUAACUUGAGAUCGGUAAUUUCACUUUAACAUCGGUCACAUCAUGACAUCAUGCCGCUGGAUUCUGAGUCGAUGUGGCCUGGGUGAGCAGGAAAUCUUUUCAGGUAUCGUCAACUUCCAUCAGCACGAGUAUAUGUUCUUGUCCUCCCCCAUAACAGUAAUGAUGAAUAGAAAGGAAGAACCAUCUCAGCUUUUGCUUUUCUUCUUUUAAUAAAAAGGCAAAUUUUUUUUCUCUUUCUUUAUAAUAAAUGUUUUUUUCC